AUGGCCCUGGACGGUGAGCGGGGGGAGCAAGAGGAGGAGAAGAAAAAGAAGAAGAAGAAAAAGAAGAGGAAGAAGAAGGAGGAAGAGGAGGAGGAGGGGGCCAAGAGCAGCUCACCCUUCGCGGCCACCAUGGGCGAGAACGACGCCGCUCACCGGGCCGGCGGCAGGGGGCUGUCGGACCCGUGGGCAGACUCCGUAGGGGUGCGACCCCGAACCACCGAGCACCACAUCACCGUGCACAAGCGACUGGUGCUGGCCUUCGCCGUGUCCAUCGUGGCGCUGCUCGCGGUCACCAUGCUCGCCGUCCUGCUCAGCCUGCGCUUCGACGAGUGCGGGGCGAGCACAGCACCGGGCGCCGACGGCGGUCCCGCGGGCUUCCCUGCGCGGGGCGCUAACGAGAGCUCCCCGGGCUCGACCCGGCGCAACCACCACGCAGGUGAGGACUCCCCGCAGCCCGAGACGGCGGGGGAGGCCACCCCUGGGUCUCCGAGCGCCCAGCCACCGUCGGAAAAGGAGCGGGAGCAGUGGCAGCCAUGGACGCAGCUGCGCCUGUCGGGCCACCUCAAGCCCCUGCACUACAAUCUGAUGCUCACCGCCUUCAUGGAGAACUUCACCUUCUCGGGGGAGGUCAACGUGGAGAUAGCGUGCAGGAACGCCACCCGCUACGUCGUGCUGCACGCUUCCCGGGUGGCGGUGGAGAAAGUGCAGGUGGCUGAGGACCGGGUGGCCGGGGCAGUCCCCGUGGCUGGCUUUUUCCUCUACCCGCAGACCCAGGUCUUGGUGGUGGUGCUGAACAGGACCCUGGAAGCGCAGAGGAAUUACAACCUGAAGAUCAUCUACAACGCCCUGAUAGAGAACGAGCUCCUGGGCUUCUUCCGCAGCUCCUACGUGCUCCAUGGGGAGAGAAGGUUCCUCGGUGUUACUCAGUUUUCCCCUACACAUGCCAGAAAGGCAUUUCCUUGUUUUGAUGAACCCAUCUACAAGGCUACUUUCAAAAUCAGCAUCAAGCAUCAAGCAACCUAUUUAUCUUUAUCCAAUAUGCCAGUGGAAACUUCUGUGUUUGAGGAAGAUGGAUGGGUAACAGAUCACUUUUCACAGACCCCACUCAUGUCUACAUAUUUUUUGGCCUGGGCAAUCUGCAACUUCACAUACAGAGAAACUAUCACCAAGAGUGGGGUUGUAGUGCGGUUGUAUGCACGACCCGAUGCUAUCAGAAGAGGAUCUGGUGACUACGCUCUCCACAUAACAAAGAGAUUAAUAGAAUUUUAUGAAGACUACUUUAAAGUGCCCUAUUCCUUGCCAAAACUAGGGAUCUCAUUCACUCUCGUAUUUGGCUUUCUGAUGGAGGCUGCUGUUUCACAGAGAAGUGCUUCAGAUUUCCUCAACCCUUCCUCUGCAACAGCUUUUAGUUCACAGAGCAUCAUGGCUGUGACUUCUAGCAUUGCCAUGUGCUGUGCUUUGAAGGUACCAAGAUGGUACCACCUGCUACUGGUCAGGGUUUCUAAAGUCUUGAGAUUUUCUCCCCCACUCCUGACCAAGCUUGCUGAUACUCACUUGUGGCUAAAUGAGUUACUUAAGAAGUCACAGUUGGAGGACAGCUGGAUCUCACUUGAUAAUCCAAAUUUUGUCCACAUACUGCUAAUGGCUGUGAAAAAAGGGAAUUCUACUCAAGCAUCACGUAGCCUAGGCAAUUCUCCUUUUGACUCGCUUAAAUUGGAUGCUUUUGGAUUUUCUUUGAAUCCUAGCCAACUGAAUUUAUUAUGA